UGUCCUGCCCCCUGAACGGUCCAGCCCGCGCGCUCUCCCGGCCGCCUUCCGCCGUUCUAGGCUGCGCCAUGGCCAGCCUGCGGCUGUGUUGCCCGGCCCCGCUGCUCCCACUGCUGUUGCUCAUGGUGGUGGCCGAGCGCACCCUGCCCGGCGCCAGCGGGACGUGCCCGGAGCGCGCCUUGGAGCGGCGCGAGGAGGAGGCGAAUGUGGUGCUCACCGGCACUGUGGAGGAGAUCCUCAACGUGGACCCGGUGCAGCACACGUACUCGUGCAAGGUUCGAGUGUGGCGGUACUUGAAAGGCAAAGAUGUGGUGGCCCAGGAGAGUCUGCUAGAUGGUGGCAACAAGGUGGUGAUUGGUGGCUUCGGAGACCCCCUUAUCUGUGACAACCAGGUAUCCACUGGGGACACUAGAAUCUUUUUUGUGAACCCAGCACCACCCUACCUGUGGCCAGCCCACAAGAAUGAACUGAUGCUCAACUCCAGCCUUAUGCGGAUCACUUUGAGGAACCUGGAAGAGGUGGAGUUCUGUGUAGAAGACAAACCUGGAACCCACUUCACAGCAGCGCCUCCUGUGCCUCCUGAUGUAUGCAGGGGAAUGUUAUGUGGCUUUGGUGCCGUAUGUGAACCCAGUGUCCAGGAUCCAGGCCAGGCCUCCUGUGUGUGCAAGAAGAAUGUCUGCCCCGCUACUGUGGCUCCUGUGUGUGGCUCGGAUGCCUCCACCUAUAGCAAUGAGUGUGAGCUGCAGCGCGCACAGUGCACCCAGCAACGGCGCAUUCGCCUGCUUCGCCAAGGACCGUGUGGGUCCCGGAACCCCUGUGCCAAUGUGACCUGCAGUUUCGGUAGCACCUGUGUACCCUCAGCUGAUGGACAGACUGCCUCAUGCCUGUGUCCCACUACCUGCUUUGGGGCCCCUGAUGGGACUGUGUGUGGCAGUGAUGGUAUUGACUACCCUAGUGAGUGCCAGCUGCUGCGUCAUGCUUGUGCCCGCCAGGAGCACAUCUUCAAGAAGUUUGAUGGCCCUUGUGACCCCUGCCAGGGCAGCUUGUCAGACCCAAACCACAUCUGCCGUGUGAACCCACGUACACGGCUCCCAGAGAUGCUUCUGCGGCCAGAGAACUGUCCUGCCAAGCACACACCUAUCUGUGGAGAUGAUGGAGUCACCUAUGAAAAUGACUGUGUCAUGGGCCGUAUUGGUGCGACCCGUGGCCUGCUCCUCCAGAAAGUACGCUCCGGCCAGUGCCAGACUCGAGACCAGUGCCCAGAGACCUGUCAGUUCAACUCUGUGUGCCUGUCCCGGCGUGGCCGUCCUCACUGCUCCUGCGAUCGUGUCCUCUGUGAUGGGGCUUACAGGCCCGUGUGUGCUCAGGAUGGCCACACAUAUGACAAUGACUGCUGGCGCCAACAGGCUGAGUGUCGGCAGCAACAUGCCAUUCCCCCCAAGCACCAGGGCCCGUGUGACCAGACUCCAUCCCCAUGCCAUGGAGUGCAGUGUGCGUUUGGGGCAGUAUGCACAGUGAAGAACGGGGAAGCUGUGUGCGAGUGCCAACAGGUGUGCUCCGGUAUCUACGAUCCCGUGUGCGGCAACGACAAUGUCACUUACGGCAGUGUGUGCGAGCUGGAAUCCAUGGCCUGUGCCCUUAGGAGGGAAAUCCGGGUGGCCCGCAGAGGACCCUGUGACCGAUGCGGGCAGUGCCGUUUUGGAUCCCUGUGCGAGGUGGAGACUGGACGCUGUGUGUGCCCCUCUGAAUGUGUGGCCUCAGCCCAGCCCGUAUGUGGUUCUGAUGGACACACCUAUGCUAGUGAAUGCGAGCUGCAUGUCCACGCCUGUACACACCAGAUCAGCUUACAUGUGGUCUCAGCCGGACACUGCCAGACCUGUGGAGACACAGUUUGUGCCUUUGGGGCUGUGUGCUCAGCUGGACAGUGUGUGUGUCCCCGUUGUGAGCACCCCCCACCCGGCCCUGUGUGUGGCAGUGAUGGCGUCACCUACCUCAGUGCCUGUGAGCUACGAGAAGCUGCCUGUCAGCAGCAGGUACAAAUUGAAGAGGUCCGUGCAGGGCCAUGUGAGCAGGCUGAGUGUGGCUCAGGGGGCUCCGGUUCUGGGGAAGACAGUGAGUGUGAGCAGGAGCUGUGUCGGCAGCGAGGUGGUAUCUGGGAUGAGGACUCGGAGGAUGGGCCAUGUGUCUGCGACUUCAGCUGCCAGAGUGUUCUUAGAAGCCCAGUGUGUGGCUCAGAUGGAAUCACCUAUAACACUGAGUGUGACCUGAAGAAGGCCAGAUGUGAAUCACAGCAAGAACUAUAUGUUACUGCUCAGGGAGCCUGCCGUGGUCCUACCUUGGCUCCACUUCUACCUAUGGCCCUCCCCCACUGUGCCCAAACCCCCUAUGGCUGCUGCCAAGACAAUGUCACUGCUGCCCAGGGUGUAGGCUUCGCUGGCUGUCCCAGCACCUGCCAUUGCAACCCACAUGGCUCCUACAGUGGCACCUGUGACCCAGCCACAGGCCAGUGCUCCUGCCGACCAGGUGUAGGAGGCCUCAGGUGUGAUCGCUGUGAGCCUGGCUUCUGGAACUUCCGUGGCAUUGUCACUGACGGUCACAGUGGUUGCACUCCCUGCAGCUGUGACCCUCGGGGUGCUGUGAGAGAUGACUGUGAGCAGAUGACUGGACUGUGUUCCUGUAGGCCUGGUGUGGCUGGUCCCAAGUGUGGGCAAUGUCCAGAUGGUCAAGCCCUGGGCCAGAUUGGCUGUGAAGCAGAUUCCACGACACCUGUGACUUGUGUGGAGAUGCACUGUGAGUUUGGUGCCUCCUGCGUAGAGGAGGCCGGUUUUGCCCACUGUGUCUGCCCAACCCUCACGUGCCCAGAGGCUAACUCUACCAAGGUCUGUGGAUCAGAUGGUGUCACAUAUGGCAAUGAGUGCCAGUUGAAAACUAUUGCCUGUCGUCAGGGUCUGGACAUCUUCACUCAGAGUCUUGGCCCAUGCCAGGAGAUUGUUGCUCCUGAAACUUCCCCAGCUUCUGCAUCUAUGACUACCCCGAGGGAUGUCCCGAGCCAGGCACUGCCAUCCCCCAACAGCGGCCUUCCUCUGGCUCCCAGUAGUACCACCCGUGAUUGGCCCACCCCACUACCCACAUCCCGAACUCAGACCACAGUCAGCAUCCCCAGGAGCACUGCAGGGCCUGUGCUGACUGUGCCUCCAUUAGCAUCCACCGAUGUAACCGGUCUCACCACAUCAGUCUUCAGUGAAUCUGGCAGUGCCAAUGGGAGUGGCGAUGAGGAGCUGAGCGGAGAUGAGGAGGCCAGUGGGGGCGGGUCUGGGGGACUCGAGCCCCCUGUGGGCAACAUUGUGGUGACCCAUGGGCCACCCAUUGAGAGGGCUUCCUGCUACAAUUCACCUUUGGGCUGCUGUUCAGAUGGCAAGACACCCUCACUGGACUCAGAAGGCUCCAACUGUCCUGCUACCAAGGCAUUCCAGGGAGUGCUGGAGCUUGAGGGGGUCGAGGGACAGGAGCUGUUCUACACACCUGAGAUGGCUGACCCCAAGUCAGAGUUGUUUGGGGAGACCGCAAGGAGCAUUGAAAGCACGCUGGACCACCUGUUCCGGAAUUCAGAUGUCAAGAAGGACUUCUGGAGUGUCCACCUGCGGGACCUGGGGCCUGGCAAAUUAGUCCGUGCCACCGUGGAUGUUCACUUUGACCCUACCACAGCCUUCCAGGCAGCAGAUGUGGGCCAGGCCCUGCUCCGACAGAUCCAAGUAUCCAGACCAUGGGCCCUGGCAGUGAGGAGGCCUCUGCAGGAGCAUGUGCGAUUCUUAGACUUUGACUGGUUUCCCACUUUCUUUACGGGAGCUGCCACGGCCAGAGCCACCACCGUGAGCCGACUGUUUGCCUCUGUCACCCCACGAGUAUACCCCAGUCACACCAGCUGGCCUGUUGGCAGAACCACAGCACCACUAACCACACGCCGACCUCCUACAGUUGCCCCCAGCACUCACCGACCUCGGACCCCAGGCCCCCAACAGCCCCCACACAAGCCCUGUGAUUCCCAACCUUGCCUCCACGGAGGCACCUGCCAGGACCAGGAUUCUGGCAAGGGCUUCACCUGCAGCUGCACUUCAGGCAGGGGUGGCACUGUCUGUGAGGAGGUACAAUUCCCCUCUGUUCCUGCUUUCGAGGGCCACUCCUUCUUGGCCUUCCCCACCCUCCGGGCCUACCACACACUGCGCCUGGCGCUGGAAUUCCGGGCGCUGGAGACAGAGGGACUGCUCCUCUACAAUGGCAAUGCACACGGCAAGGACUUCCUGGCUCUGGCUCUGCUGGAUGGGCAUGUGCAGUUCAGGUUUGACACAGGCUCAGGGCCAGGAAUAUUAACCAGCUCAGUGUCGGUGGAACCAGGACGAUGGCACCGCCUAGAAUUGUCACGGCAUUGGCGGCAGGGCACACUUUCUGUGGAUGGCGAGACUCCCGUUGUGGGUGAAAGUCCCAGUGGCACUGAUGGCCUCAACUUGGACACGAACCUCUAUGUGGGUGGUGUCCCGGAAGAACAGGCUGCCAUGGUGCUUGAUCGGACCUCUGUGGGCAUCGGCCUGAAAGGAUGCAUCCGUGUACUGGACAUCAACAACCAGCAGCUAGAGCUUAGCAACUGGCAGGAAGCCGUGGUCUUAAGCUCGGGUGUGGGAGAAUGUGGAGACCAUCCCUGCUUGCCUAACCCCUGCCAUGGCGGGGCUGUGUGCCAGGCACUGGAGGCUGGCAUGUUCCUCUGCCAGUGCCCACCUGACCGCUUUGGCCCAACUUGUGCAGAUGAAAAGAACCCCUGCCAGCCAAACCCCUGCCAUGGGGCAGCUCCCUGCCGUGUGCUUUCCAGGGGCGGGGCCAAGUGUGAAUGCCCCCUGGGACGCAGAGGUGCCUUCUGUCAGACGGUCCUGGAGACUGGUGCUGACUCCCGGCCCUUCCUGGCUGACUUUAGUGGCUUCUCCUACCUGGAACUAAAAGGCUUGCACACCUUCGAGAGAGACCUGGGGGAGAAGAUGGCACUGGAGGUGGUGUUCUUGGCUCGUGGGGCCAGUGGCUUGCUCCUCUACAAUGGGCAAAAGACAGAUGGCAAGGGGGACUUUGUGUCCCUGGCCCUGCAUAACCAGCACCUGGAGUUCCGUUAUGACCUCGGCAAGGGGGCUGCGGUCAUCAGGAGCAAGGAACCUAUAGCCCUGGGCACCUGGAUCAGGGUAUCCCUGGAACGAAAUGGCCGCAAGGGUGCCCUUCGAGUGGGUGAUGGGCCCCGUGUGCUAGGGGAGUCUCCGAAAUCCCGCAAGGUGCCUCAUACCAUGCUCAACCUCAAGGAGCCCCUCUAUGUUGGAGGAGCUCCUGACUUCAGCAAGCUGGCCCGGGGAGCUGCAGUGUCUUCUGGCUUCGAUGGAGCCAUCCAACUGGUGUCUCUAAGUGGCCACCAGCUGCUGACUCGGGAGCAUGUAUUGCAGGCCGUGGACGUCUCCUCUUUUACAGACCACCCUUGUACCCAGGCCUCAGGCAACCCCUGCCUUAAUGGGGGUUCAUGUAUCCCGAAGGAAGCCACUUACGAAUGCCUGUGUUCUGGGGGCUUCUCUGGGCUGCACUGCGAGAAGGGGCUAGUUGAGAAGUCAGUGGGGGACCUAGAAACGCUGGCCUUUGACGGGCGGACCUACAUCGAAUACCUCAAUGCUGUGACUGAGAGUGAGAAGGCGCUACAGAGCAACCACUUUGAACUGAGCUUGCGCACCGAGGCCACACAAGGGCUGGUACUGUGGAGUGGCAAAGCCACAGAACGUGCCGACUAUGUGGCUCUGGCCAUUGUGGACGGAUACCUGCAGCUAAGCUAUGACUUAGGUUCCCAGCCUGUUGUGCUGCGCUCCACUGUGAAGGUCAACACCAACCGAUGGCUUCGAGUCAGGGCUCACAGGGAACAGAGGGAAGGUUCUCUUCAGGUGGGCAAUGAGGCCCCUGUGACUGGCUCUUCCCCAUUGGGUGCCACACAACUGGACACAGAUGGAGCCCUGUGGCUUGGAGGCCUCCAGAAGCUUCCUGUGGGGCAGGCUCUCCCCAAGGCCUAUGGCACAGGUUUUGUAGGCUGUCUGCGGGACGUGGUGGUAGGCCAUCGCCAGCUACACCUACUGGAAGACGCUGUCACCAAACCAGAGCUAAGGCCCUGCCCCACUCCCUGAGCUACCACCAGAGCUCCCACUCUCCGUACUGUAAUUAUUUUUUUAUUUUUGUAAACUUGUUGCUUUUUUUUUUUUUAUAUGAUUUUCUUGCCUGCACGUUGGCCAGAAGGACUGCUGGCCUGGCUUCUUUUCCGUCCAGGCAGCUGUGCUGCGGAAGCAAAAGUGGUGCUGAGGGACUCAUACGUAGACCAUGGCAACUUAGAGCCCAGGGCUUUGGAGGCAGCCUUAGGACACACUCCUCUGCCUAAGGUACCAUGUCUCGGCCCCUUGCACUGUACGUACCUACCUGUCCGUUUGGUCUUUUGGGUCUCCUAGCCCACUGGCAAACCCUACUCCUGUGUUAUUAAUGCUUUAUUGAAUGAGAACUGUGUCCCUGAGCAGGAGGGGCUGUUGGAGCUGAAGAGGCCCCUCAUUAGAGCAAGUACCACUGGACCCUUUGUCGGCUUCCACUUAUGCUGCUCCCCUGCAUGUGCUGAGGGCCAGCCUCAUCUCAGGCUAGCCUCAACCCUAGUGCUCCCUGUACCAGUGCUGUGGUUUAGAAAAAUUGUAAUAUCAGGGCAUCAUUUUACUUCCACAAAUGCGUCUGCCUGUCGCAGGGUGCUGGAAACAAGCCAAGUUCCAUCUAAGUUGUCUUGACAGGCUUUCAGCUUGCCCUACCCACCUACCCAGCCACUCUUGGACAUAGCCAACCUUUCCCCAAAUACCAGGCCACGUAGGAGCUCCUAGGCCGGAAAGAGUCACUAUGGGAUGUAGUUGAUCUCCAUGCUUCCCUGCCUGAGCAGCCAGCUGCACCUGUCUCUCAAAGGAUAUCUAAAUCAGACUUCUAACCAUAUUCGUCAAGCCUUGAUUUUACUUGGUUUCUGAUGUGGAAAUAUUGUCAUUCCUGUUUUAACUCACACCAACCAUUAAUUGGUCCAAUGUGAGGACAACCCUUGUCUGAGUGACUUAUCUGGCCAGUGUCCAGCCAAGGGCAUGUACAGGGGUAGCGGAGGUGGCUAUAGAGCCAAAAUUGCCUUAAACUGCAGCAACCAUCUGUUUCUCCACUCCCUGUCCUUAAUGUCCAGCACAGUCAUCUUGGGAGAAAGACCAGACAGAUCUGGGAUGGGGGCAGCCUGACCUUUUUCCUCCUGUUGUGGUCCAAGGCUGGAGGGAGCUGCAUGGUAUCUUGUUACUAACUCCAGUAUGUGUCUGUGUCAAAUACCAUAAAAUAAAGUGUGAAAACUUUAAAAUG